UUGUCUCUGUUGCUUAAGUAAUAGUUAUAAUUAUAGUCCUCUGGAUCAUUUAUCAGAAGGCUAAUUGUUUCUCCUGCGAAAUGCAGAAUCUUCGUACAGUUUUGUUCAUUUGGAUGUUACUGUCGGUAACGAUGAGUGUCUGUAAGGCUUUGGAUUGCCAGUUAAACGAAUCCAAUCAAUAUAAAGUAGCGUAUACUAUUUUUGUUGAUAAAUCAGGACAUGGAAACUUCACUAAAAUUCAAAGCGCCAUUGAUUCAGUUCCAGAAAAUAAUACCCAGUGGAUUCGUAUCCGAAUUUCUGCCGGCAAAUACAAAGAAAAGGUUGUAAUUCCUCUAAAGAAACCAUGCAUUUUUCUUGAAGGAUCCGGUAGCCAUCAUACAAGUGUUGAGUUUGACGACCAUCAAGAUUUACCCACGAGUGCUAUCUUCAUUUCAUAUUCGGACAAUAUUGUAGCCAAAGGCAUUACGUUCAAGAACACGUAUAAUCUACAAAUUAGAGAAGAUAAAAUCAUCUGGAUACGAGCUCCUGCAGUUAGAAUACGAGGAGAUAAAACUGCUUUCUACCACUGCGCCUUCUUUGGGAUACAAGAUACGUUUUUUGAUGAUAAAGGCCGUCACUACUUCAAAAAAUGCUACAUUGAAGGUGCUAUGGAUUUUAUCUAUGGUGCUGCUCAAUCUAUAUAUGAUGAAUGUGUAAUAUCUCUUAAUGUAGAGAAAUAUCGACCAGGGAAACCAGGAUGCAUAACAGCCCAGAAGAAGGAAUGGGCAGAAGAACACAGUGGCUUUGUGUUCAAAAACUGUAAGAUCACUGGGAUUGGUAAAGCUUGUCUAGGCAGAGCCUGGGGACCUUAUUCUACUGUCAUUAUUUAUAACUCAACCAUUACAGACGUGGUAGUCCCUCAAGGUUGGAGUGCUUGGGACUUCGUUGGUCACGAAGCAAAUUUCACAUAUGUGGAGACUAAUAAUAGAGGACGAGGGGCUGAUACUGCCAACCGAGUACCGUGGUUGCAGAAAUUGGAUGAUUUUCAGCUCAGCAAAUUUGUGACUAUGUCGUUCAUUGAUGAAGAUGGCUGGAUUGCCAAGUUACCUACUUUGUCGCAUUCAUUUGACUGUGAGGCUUCUGAUUGUCAACCCAAUACAAUAAACACCAUUACUGUUGAUAUCUCGGGCCAUGGAAAUUUCACUUCAGUUCAAACUGCCAUUGACUCUGUUCCUGAAGGGAAUACUCAAUGGAUACGUAUUCAGAUUUCUCCUGGAACAUACAGGGAAAAAGUUGCAAUUCCAGUGAACAAAUCAUGUAUUUUUCUCGAUGGAGCAGGCAGAAAGUUGACGAGUAUCGAAUGGGGUGAUCAUGAAGAGACAGACACUAGUGCCACCUUCACCUCCUAUUCUGAUAACAUCGUAGCCAAAGGCAUUAAAUUCAAGAAUACAUUCAAUUUAAAAAUUGGAUUCAACUUGAUGAAAAGAAGACUCAUUCGAAAGCAAGCAGUGUCUGCUAGAAUCGUGGGCGACAAAUGUGCUUUCUACGAAUGUGGCUUUAUAGGGAUACAAGAUACCUUAUGGGAUGGAAAGGGACGCCAUUAUUUCAAUGCAUGCUACAUUGAAGGAUCCAUUGAUUUCAUUUUUGGCGAUGGUCAAUCUAUUUACGAGAAAUGUGAGAUAUCAAUCACUAUGGGAAGAUACGGCCCAGGAUUAAUUGGGAGUAUAACAGCACAAAGGAAAGAACAGCCACAAGAUACCAAUGGAUUCGUGUUCAAAAAUUGUAAUAUCAGUGGGAUUGGCAAGGUUGAUCUUGGAAGACCUUGGGGACCUUAUUCUACUGUUGUUUUCUAUAACUCAUCCAUCUCAAAUGUUAUAACUCCUGAGGGUUGGAAUGCUUGGGACUACGUUGGCCAUGAGGCAAAUUUUACUUACGUAGAGAAAGAUAAUGAAGGAGCAGGAGCCAACACGUCCAAGCGAGUCCCAUGGAUAAAUAAACUCGGUGAAAAUGAGGUUUAUAAAUUCUUGGAUAUAUCGUACAUCAAUGGAGAUGGUUGGCUUGCCAAGAUACCUGAUUUAAAUUCUACUAAAAUAGCACUUUGA